GCAUGUACCUGACUUGGUACCUACCCAUCUCCGGACUACACGAUAUAUAUUCAUUUACAACCAUGGAGGACGCGACCAAAAAGGACAUGUAUGAAACAAGUGUCACCUAUUUAGAAGACAAGGUUGUGUCUGCGGCAUUCAGCUGGCUUGCUCUCAACCCAGACGUUCCGUGGGACGACGCUCCUGACAAGCCCAGCAAGUUUGCCGUGUUAGAUAAACUGGUAUAUCCAUUACGCCUGAAUGGAGGGUACUACAACGCCAGACUAUGUCAACUGCGCCCUGGAGCAGCGGAAUGGCUUCGCGGAAGCGGAGAGUUGCUGCCACUCUAUCCAUGUGUUGGCUGCACAAUCACGGAUGGAGAGUUUUCCCAUGCGUUGAAUUUUGGCAAGAAGCUGCAUCUACCGGCAGACAAGACAAAGCACAAGCUGUGCGUUGCGGGACCCAACAAGUCAUACAUGGUAUGGCUUUUUCGGACUGAAACAGACUUUGCACCACUUUAGAAGGAUGCUUGGGGCAGUGAAGCUGCUGCAUGUACUUUGGUAUUGGUCACAUCUAGUUACGCGUAUCGUGGCCAACGUGGCGAAUUGACCAGUUCUUCCAGUGUUUAAAAGUUUCACAAUAAUGACUUUGUUCAAAAGUUGUGCAAAAGCAGUAACCAAUACAACAGUAUAUCGUA